AUGCCGAAUCUGGUAAAGUUGAACAUUGAUUAUCGCGGAGAUUUGGUGAAGUUGCCUGUUGGGCUUUGCAAUACAACCACCCUGAAGAAGCUCAGCAUCAGUAGUUGCCACAAUUUUAUUGAAAUUCCCCAAGAAAUUGGGAACCUUGAGAACUUGGAAUUGCGAAGAAUUAGUCACUGCACUGAGUUUAAGAAGGCCACGGACGUUGACUUAAAUUGGCUUCUUGAUGAUCCUUCGUCAGGCUUCAACUUUUGGGACUUUUUAGCUGUCAAAGUUGUUGUUUCUUUGGAGACAUUGCUUUUACUGCUUUUGGUCUUGACGCCUCAGCUUAAAACUGGGGCUCGCUGCGGCUCUACGUACAGAAACACUUUGGUGAAGAAAAUAAGUUUGUUAGCUAUGGCAGACAUGCUUGUGUUGGUGAAGAAUGCUUUGAGUAUUUCGAAUGAAGUUCAAGGGUACAUAAACAGUCGUGAAAGGCUCAUGUCAGCCACCAAGCGCCUGGGUGCGGUGAUUCAACAGACGGAACAAGGAAUGAGAGGGAUGGAUCACAGAGACAUGGAUCGUCUAACUCAAUUAGUGAAGAAUCUUAAAGGCUUGAACGAAGCAAACCAAGAGGUGCUCGAUAAGAACGAAGUCCUUUGGUGGAAUUUCUGCCUUCUAUCAUGUUUUCGGAGCAAACAUGAAGAUACGUUUCUGUCGUUUCUGUCGUCCAUCAUGCUCGAUGUGGUGCAAGUGAUGGGAGGCUGUUUGAUAGAACUCGAAUCCAGGUUGACUAAUGAUGGAAGCCUAACCAUGGCAGUUCCAGCCCAAGAGACUGAUAGUAACAUCAGACCCAUAUUCCAGACCAAGGCAGUUCCAGCCCAAGAGACCGAUAGUAUCAUCAGACCCAUGUUCACCAAAGUUACGGUGAAAUUGGGGAGUCAAAGUCAUACUAUGGACAAGUUGAAGAUUAUGCUGCUUGAUGACCGUGGGUCGCAGACGCUGAACUUGUAUGGUUUGCCCGGAUCCGGUAAGACCACCUUGGCUGAAAAUCUCUGCCAAGACAAGGAAGUCAGAGAUUACUUCAAAGAUAGCAUCAUCUUUGAGACUCUGGGAUCACAGAUUCAAAGCAAUGAAGCGUCCAUCAGAUUGUCCAAAAUUCCGGAUUCAAAACUAUUGGUACUGGAUGAUGUUUUGCCUGCCUGCGAAAAUAUCAUUGGGGAGUUGACAAAUAAAAGACCGGGUUCUAAAAUUUUGGUGACUUCAAGAUAUCAAAUUACAAAACUUGGCACCCGGUGCCACAUGGAAUUACUUUCUCUCGAAGAUGCAGAAGCCCUUUUCCUUCACUUUGUUCGACCAACUGAAAUCGAUCUUGAUGACCAGAGAAUACGUCUAAUGCUCCUACAGAUUGUUAAAGGUUGCAAGGGCUUACCAUUCGCCAUUGAAUUUCUUGGUCGCAAUCUCCGAGGGAAAACUACUGAAGAGUUUCAAUUGGUGCAACCAAAAUUGUUGCAAGGCUCUAUUCUAGAUUCACAUGAAGUGUUGCUUGCUCAACUCCAAAAUUGCUUGCAUCAAUUGGUAGAUGAAACCCACAGGGAGUGCUUUAUGGACCUUGGGUUAUUUCCUGAAGAUGAAAAAAUCCCCAUGACUUCAUUAAUAGACAUGUGGAUUGAACUGUACAACUUGGAUGAACGUGGCAUAUGUGCUAUGGCUGUCAUCCGCAAAUUAACAACCCUGAGUUUAGUUGCCGGGAUCAAUGUGCGAAGGUAA